AGGUCUGAAAGCAGCCGCGUGAUGGAACCGGUUUCCCCCAGAACUGUGCGCAGCCUCGGUAACCGCCAUGAGGAGGCUCAGAGACAGAGGCCAAGGCCUUCGUGGUGGUAUGGCCUUUCCCGGCCUCUUGGCAUGGUUCAUGCUGCUUCAGACGCUAUUGGGCGAGGCCCGGAUGAUUCCAGGAACGCUGUCCCUCCCUCCUCUCCCCUUGGAGGAUGGCCUCGAUGACCGGAGUGCAAGCCCACAGAAGUCACUCACAGGGACACCUGGGACCUCUCGGGACCCCGAGCCUGGAGGGAGCAUGAUGUCUCUUGAUUCAGUGGCAUUUACACCCGCUCACUCUUUUUCAACCAUGACUCUGUCACAGGAACGGUUUCCAACAUGGAUUCCAACCACUUCAGGUUGUGGUCACAGAGCUGCAAGGAUAGUUGGUGGAAAGGUCGCGGCAGAGAGGAAGUGGCCCUGGCAGGUGAGCCUGAAAGUGCAAAACAAUCACAUCUGUGGUGGCUCCCUCAUCAGCAAAUGGUGGGUGAUGACUGCAGCCCACUGCGUUUUUGGCCAUCUGGAUUACGUAGUGUCGAUGGGAACAAUUGACCUGUGGUCCCAUAAAGCAGUGGAAAUUCCAGUCCAAGACAUCAUUGUUCACCAGGAUUUCUCUGUGAUGGGAGUAAUUGUGAAUGACAUCGCUCUGGCCCUGCUGGCCUUCCCUGUGAAUUACAGUGUCUCCAUCCAGCCAGUGUGCCUGCCUCACAGGUCUUUCAUGGUAGAACCUGGGACCCAGUGCUGGGUGACCGGAUGGGGCAAAGUCGUUGAACAAGGCAGGUCAUCGAGAGAGCUUCGAGAGGUUGAGCUAAACAUUAUUCGUCAUGAGGAAUGUAAUCAGAUUCUCAAGAACAAAGCAGGGAAAAUAUUUAACCUAGCCCAGGAAGGGGUAGUCUGUGCCUACAGUGACAAAGGCGGAGACUCCUGCCAGGGAGAUUCUGGGGGGCCCUUGGUGUGUGAACUCAAUGGAACAUGGGUGCAGGUGGGGAUCGUGAGCUGGGGCAUUGGCUGUGGUCGAGAAGGCUUUCCUGGGGUUUAUAUGGAAGUGAGUUACUACAAAGACUGGAUCAUUAGAGAACUGAGUCGAGCUUCAGGUUGGAACUUAUCAAGCUUGCUCAUCUUAAGCAUGUGCCUGGUGCUUUACCUGGGUCUCCUGGUGGCCCUGUGA